AUGGAAGAAGUGUUAAGCAGAGGAAUAACUCAAUUCGUUCACUCUGAAAAAUUGCAGCCAAUGGUAAACAGAAAAGGUAUUCACCCUAUUCACUUGAUGUUUGCUGAUGAUGUUUUCAUAUUCACAAAUGGUUCUAAAAGGUGUUUAAAUAAUCUUCUUCAUUUUCUUAAACAAUAUCAAGAUAGUUCUGGUCAGAUCAUAAAUAGAAGUAAAAGCAAAUGCUUUGUAGAUGGUUUCACUCCAGAGAGAAAACAACAAGUAUCUACUCUAUUGUAUAUGGAUCUUACAUCUUUUCCAAACAAGUACUUGGGUGUUAUUCUAAUGCCAGGAAGAGUGAAAUCAUCAAUUAUAUGGCCAGUAGUUGAAAUGAUGCAGACAACAUUAGCUAGAUGGAAAGGAAAGUUAUUGUCUUUUCAUGACAUACUGAUAUUAAUCAAGUCAGUGUUGUCCAGUUAUCCAGUAUAUUCUAUGGCAAUAUAUAAAUGGCCAAAAACAAUCAUCAAAAUCUGA